AUGCAGACCUUAGAGGAAGAUAGGAUGGCUUGGGAAACGAGUGCAGAGGAGGCGCGAAAGUCGGAGGAAGCAAGGAAAGCACAUAAGAUCGAUGAGGCGGAAAGGUUGGCAAAUACCAAGAAGAGAAAGGAAGACGAGGAGGUGAUCCUAGCCAUCGCCAGGAGCGAGAAGAGGUUGGCGAGAAAAGACAGGAGAAUCGAGACUCUGGAGAGGAGACAGGCCGAAGACGAGAGGAGGUUGUCCGAGAUGGAGACCAAGUUGGCCGCUGUAGAAAAGAAGGUGACGGAAGGCAUGAAGAGGAUACCAGCGUCCGAGGAUCAAGAUCAAUCCCUGGACAAAGACGCGACGGACGCUCAAGCUCUGCUUAAGAACAAUACUGCCGAGAGGCAAGCUCGGCGAGAAGAAGGGACUAAGGACAAAAUUUUGAGGACCAAAGUCACGAAGGCUCAAGCUGCUCGCGAGGACGCGGAAUGGCGGCUGAAAGCGGGUAUACAGCCUAUCGUCUGGCCAACCAGAGAGGAGAUUGAGCUGACGAAGAAAAACGUGCAGUACAAGGAGGGGGUUUUCCACAUUGCUAUUGCUGGUAUCGCCGGCAGCGGAAAGUCAUCCUUGAUCAACGCGUUCCGCGGCAUAUCGAACAGCGGCAACAGAACGCGCAAGGAGCCCAACAUCAAAACAGCGCCCACAGGGAUCGUCGAAACUACCAGCGUAAUCGGUCGAUACGUCGAUCCUGAUCCCAACAAGCCAUUUGUCUGGUACGACAUUCCGGGCGCAGGCACUUUGAGGGUUCCAGCCUGGCAGUACUUCAAUGCACAGGGAUUGUACAUUUUCGACUGCAUUAUCGUCUUGUUCGAUAACCGCUUUACCGAGACGGACAUUGGCCUGCUGCAGAAUUGCGCACGAUUUCAGAUCCCAUCCUUCAUCGUCAGCUCGAAGUCCGAGGCUAAAAUUUCCGCCAUUAUGAAUGAUAAGCAGCACUCUGACGAUGACGAUGACGAGUGGGACACCGUCCAGGUUUCGCAAGAUGGGAUUUACCAAGAUGCUCGUGAGGAAUACAUCAAAGAGACGAAUAACAGCGUGCAGCGCAUUCUCGCUGACGCAGGCUUACCGGAGCAGCUUGUAUAUUUGGUGGAGAAAGAUAUACUUCGAAAAGUUGUUAAGGAAUAUUCGGAGAAGAGAGGUGGAGGUGUGUUCCGGAGCCUCCCCCUGGUGGGCAAGAAGCCGUCCUCGAGGGACGACAGGCUGGAGGAGAAGAUCAUUGAUGAGCAGUAUCUGCUUGAUGACAUGCUCGAGAAAGCUUACCAGCGCCGGGUGAAGAAAUGGUGGCCUUUCUAA